GCCGUGCGCGCGCGCGUGUCCGCCGCACGUCGCGACGCAACAGCAAGCGGCAGCCCACGCGGAGAGCCGCCCAGAACGCCCUGUGCUGCCGUGCCGCCGCUCAACUCUUCCUCCUCCACUCCACCUGCGCGCCGACCAACCAACCAACUGCAGAUGCAUAUGCAGCCUGCAGCUAGCUGUUGGUUUUGCUCCUAUUUCCCCUCGUGGUCUCGCCUCGUCUCUUCCUUCGCCGGCUGCGGGCUCGCCGCGAGGUUGCCUCCGCGCCUAAGCAAAAGCAGCCGCGUGCGCGCGCGCGCGCGCGCCAAUCCUUCUAGGCCAAGAAACCGCGCCCGAUUUAUGCCGGCCCAGGGUGGGAGGGGCAAAGAAUGCCGGCGUCGUACCUGCAGCCGCGCCGCGGGACGAACGGGCGGCGUAUUAUGGAGCACGGCGCGGGCGAGGAGAUGGUGGCGUUCUACGAGGCGUGGGUGGGGCGCGAGGAGCGGAUCGUCGCGGACCUCACGGACGCGCUCCUCCCGGCGCGGCGGCGGCGGGACGUGCUCGCCCCGCUCGUGGACGCCGCGGUGGGCCACGUGUCGGAGUACUACGAGCGCAAGGCCCGCCUCGCCGACCGCGACGUGGUGGCGGCGCUGGACCCGCGCUGGCUCAACCCGCUCGAGCGCACCUUCCUCUGGGCGUGGGGCUGGAAGCCCGCGCUGGUGUUCCGCUUCGCGGACGGCGCCGUCGCCGGCGGCUCGUCGCACCAGCAGCAGCGCCGCGCGCUGGAGCGCGUGCGCGCCGCCACCGCGGAGGCCGAGCGGGAGGUGGACCGGGAGGUGGCGGUCGUGCAGGAGUCGCUCGCCGGACCCCGCGUGCUGGCGGCGCUGCGGAGGCAGCACCCGCGGAACGGCGAGGCCGACGAGGCCGUCGCCGCGGUCGGGCGCUCGCUCCGCGUGCUGCUCGCCGCGGCCGACGCGCUCCGCGAGCGCACGGUGCGGGACGUCGUCGGGACGCUCGCGCCAGACCAGGCCGGCGCGUUCCUCGCGGCCAUGCUGAGGUUCCACCUCGGCGUGCACCGCGCCGGCCGCAACUGGGGCUCCGGCAACGGCGGCCGGCGGGGCCUCUAGUUGUCAGUUCCGUCACUGUGUCAGUGUGAGCUCAGUAACGGUAAUAACGGUCGCCGGCGUCGCGUCGGUGUCGUGCACUUUUUGGCGUGGACCAAAUUAUAGUCGUCGCACAGUCUCGUGUUUUGUCUCAAUUGACUCCAAACGUCCGAGGGGCGGACCGAGCUAGAACCAAAACCCGGUGGGAUCAGCUCCUCUUAUCUUAAGACAUUUGAAUUUUCAUGAAAUUUGAUGAUUCAAAUAUCAGUAGCAAUAGUACCUCAUAAUGCAUGCCUAAAUGUCUUUUGUCUGUCUUUUCAAGGGGCAGACAUGAAUACAUGAUGACAUGAACCUAUGUCAUGUUUCUUCGAAGCCCCUGUUCAAAUUGAAUCACUCUACUUUAUGAAUAGAACUUUCAAAAUCUAGCUGAUCGUCACCACCAGCAGCAGGUCACAAUCAUGAUUCGCUCAAGGCUCUGAUCCAUUUCACUCAGGACCCUGUGCAAAGUGGCUUCAUUCGGUGUUGCGGUAGAUUAUGGCUGUGUUAAGUUUACACCAAAAUUGAAAGUUUGGUUGAAAUUAGAUUGAUGUGAUGGAAAAGUUGAAAGUUUAUGUGUAGAAAAGUUUUGAUGUGAU